AGUUGAAAAGAUGUCAUUUUAUGGUAUGAAGAAAAAUCUCGGGAAGUCCAACCCCAUCAAAUUAUCUUCAACACAUCAAUCUCCAAUUUCAGUGUUGGAUGAAAUUUUUAGCCUAGCUAGUUCGGAGGAUGUGGGGAUUCGGUGGAAAUCGAUAUUGGGGAAGAAGGGAGAGGGGGAAAGUGGAAGGAAUAGUUGUGGUGUUUGCAUGGUUGUCAAGUCAGGAGAAGCAUUUGAAGAAUUAUACCGAUCUCUACUCUUCUCUCGGCUGGAAUUCCAUUGUUUGCCAAGCUCGCCUCCUCAAUUCACUUUUUCCAGAUAAGGCUGCAUCGUUGGCUCGGGAAAUAGUUAAUGAGCUCAUACAGGAAUUAAAAAUAAGGCCGUGCCCUAUCAUAUUUGCAUCUUUUUCUGGCGGUCCGAAAGCUUGUAUGUACAAGGUUCUUCAGAUAAUUGAAGGGAAGUGUGAUGAAGAGCAAAUCAAUCCGGAUGAAUGUCGGCUUGUUAGAGACUCUGUUUCUGGCUACAUAUUCGAUUCUUGUCCAGUGGAUUUCGUAAGCGACUUAGGGAAUCAUUUCGUUCUCCAUCAAGCUGGUUUUAAAAUUUCACAUCCACCACUCGUGGCGUCAUGGAUAACAAGUGGCAUCUCCUCCACCCUGGACGCACUCUUCCUUAGCAGAUUCGAAUCACAGCGCGCUGAAUAUUGGCAGACACUAUACGCCACAGUAAGUUUUCGGGCUCCAUAUCUCAUCUUAUGCUCGGAGGAUGACGAGCUUGCUCCGUUUCAAACAAUCUUCAAUUUCGCCAGUAGGCUGAAAAACCUUGGAGCUGAUGUUAAAUUGGUUAAGUGGAGUAAAUCAUCGCAUGUUGGGCAUUUUCGACAUCAUCCAGCAGAAUACAGCGCAGCCGUGACCGAGCUACUGAGAAAAGCUGCUGUAACCUAUUCACAACGAAUACGACAGCUUGAAGGCGAGAAAAUGGUCAUGGAAGGGGGACAUGAUGAAAUUUCCGAUCCAUUUAACGGCCUAAGGAAAGCAGCCACAAUGUCAAGAGACGGCCUCCACAGAUUUAACCUCGACUCGAAUGAUUAUCUUCAUGUGCCGAGCUCUGUGGAGUAUCACGAGGAUUGGGACGUUGGGCCCAUCCCAGAUGAAUCCAAGGGACGUUACAUACCUCUAUCUAGCCCUCCAAAGAUCAGCCCCCAUGGCGUCUUAGGUCAGUUCCUCUUCGACGUUUGUGUUCCAAAGAAUGUUGAUGAUUGGGACAUGAGAUUUUCGCCCUCCAUGAGAAGCGCGUUUGGGCGGAGGUCUUCCCCUUUCAAUCCUAUAAAGUGCAUCCUUCGCUCUAGAUUAUGAUGGUUUGGCUUUACCACGAGAAGGUGCUUUCUGGGCCGCGAAAGAGCAUUUUUAUCAGUUCAAGAUUGCGUUCCGGGCAAGAAGACGAAGAAGCCUUGUCUGCUGUUUUUCGAUGGAGUUUCCACCCGGAAUUUCUUGGACUUAAGUGGCAGUUCUAAGGUUAUGUAGCUCUGUAAUUUAACUUUGUAUCACUGUUUUCUUGAGGGUAAAUAAUGGAAUAAAUUUAUGUAUCA